AUGGCCACCGGAUUUGAGGCCGUAGGACUCGCUCUAGCGAUCUUCCCGAUUCUCAUCGAGGCGCUUAAAUUCUACACGAAUGAGAAGGACGCCAUCAGCGACAUUUUCAACUAUCAGCGACUUCUAAUCCGUAUCGCUCGAGAUCUAGAUCGUGAACAGACCAUUUUCCACAACUCCUGUCAGCGGUUCAUGGAAGAUAUUGCAGCGCAUGUGGGCGUUGGAGAAGAGGAGGUAUCUGGGAUGAUUAAUAACUCGAAAGAUGUCCGAUGGACUCGGGGAGUCUUGGUCGAUCAGGAUGUCUUUCACCGGGCCUCCGUCCAGCAGUAUCUCAAUGCGGUUGAGGAUAUGAACGAGGAGCUAUCCAGGGUUAAAGAGCUCAUCGGGACCAUCAACUUACCCAGACAUCAUGUCCAGCCAAUACUUCUCGAUAAAAAGACACGCCGUCGACAAUGGAAGAAGAUCAUCCUUGUGCUCAAGAAAGACUCAAUCACCGAGCAUCUAGCCAAGGCCGAGAAGCUCAAUACAUUCCUCGCCCGACUGACCGAACAAAACCAACCAACAGCUACUAAUCGUCACGCCUCACGUAAAACCACAAAACACUAUAAACGUAUCCGAUCCCAUGCAAUCGACCUCUACAAUAUCCUCAAGACUCAAUUCCCUGCCCAUCCCGCCUGCAAAUGCGCCCUACGACCGCACCAUGUCAAUAUGAGAUUAGAGUUUCGCAGUGCGCAAAGUACAGCCAAGGGACUAUACUUUCAUACAAUCUUUACAUCUGAAACGGCCUUCAACUCUUCAUCCAACUGGCGCGAGAUUGAAUGCGAGCCUUGGGGAACAAGUGAUCACGAUCUUUGUCAGGAUGCUAUACACAGUGCUCAAGUACAAUUUGUGGUGACCCCGCCGACACAGUCCCAGGGCAGUUCUGUAACUGCGAAUGAACCUGAGAUAUCUAAUCUCUGCGCGGUAAUCACUGGACCUGCAUCCAAAGAUUGGCUCGGACGAAUAGCCAAUCCAAAGGGACAACAGCAUCGGAUCCGCGCAAUGGACCAUCAGAAGCGAUUGCCUGCCUUUGAAACCAUUGAAACAGUGUCACUAGGCGAUGUUCUGGCGGACGAGAACUUUGGGGAGGAACAACGUCUUCAACUUGCAUUGAAACUGGCGUCAUCCGUAAUGCAACUCCAUACUACCGACUGGCUCACGGAUUACUGGAGUAAAUCCGAUAUUGCGUUUCUCCGGUCUUCAUACGGAGUAAUCGACUUUGACAACCCUCUAAUCGGCCGCACCUUUGGCAAUAGCAGCUACACCAUGACGACGAUGUCACAGAACCUCCCCCGGCCAAUGCUACAUGCAUUCAUACCAUGUCUCUUCUCUCUAGGAAUCGUACUUUUGGAACUACGCUAUCGAACCCUAUUCGAAGAUCUCAAGACGGAUCAUGAACGGACCAUGAUAGCCGAAAUCUCCGAUCUUGCGACCGCGCGCCGUCUCGCCUAUGACAUGGUCGGUAGUCCUAAUUAUCAGAAUGCCGUGCUGCGCUGUAUCCUGGGACUGGAUGCGGCUUAUCGCUCCCUGACGGAGGCCAAGUUCCAAGAUGAAGUGGAGGAUAAGAUCGUCUUCUUGCUUGCGGAGGAUCUGAAGACCUUUUGUGCCAAGGGAUCGGUCGAGGCCUGUUUAUAA